AUGAAUAAGACUCUCUUCUUUGCAUUUCUGUUCGGAUGGUAUUUCUGUUCGAUAACACUCUCCAUAUAUAACAGAUGGAUGUUUGAUCCGAAGGACGGAUUAGGUAUUGGAUACCCUGUCUUGGUGACGUCGUUCCACCAAACUAUCCUAUGGUUACUGUCCGGGAUGUAUAUCAAGGUUAGACAUACACCAGUAAGGAAUGUAAUGAGACGAGAUAAUAAAGUCAACUGGAGUUUUUUCCUAAAAUUUUUAGUUCCUACAGCAAUUGCUUCUGCAGGUGAUGUGGGGCUCAGUAAUGUUUCGUUUAAGUAUGUUCCAUUGACGGUUUAUACUAUUAUCAAAUCUUCCAGUAUUGCCUUUGUUCUUUUAUUUGGUUGCAUCUUCAAACUGGAGAGAUUCCAUUGGAAAUUGGCUAUUGUGGUAACUAUCAUGUUCGGAGGUGUGGCAUUAAUGGUUUUUAAACCAAUGGACCCAAAGAGUGCUGAAAAUGACCAGGCCUUGAUAAUUUUCGGCAGUUUCCUUGUCUUGGCAAGCAGUUGUCUUUCCGGAUUGAGAUGGGUUUAUACGCAGUUGGUAUUAAGGAAUAAUCCACUUCAAACCGACGUGGUAGCCGUAGAAGAAUCUAAUGAUACCCUCUUCGCGGUAAACGAGGAAAAUGCGGAUGAUGAACCUAUUGUUAAUCCCGCUAAUAACAAGAUGCUAGAAAACUCAAGAGGGGGCAAGCCACACCCAAUCCAUACGAUAUACCAGUUGGCUCCGAUAAUGGCAAUAACUCUGUUACUUACAUCCUUACUCGUGGAAAGACCAUUUCCUGGCAUAUUUCAUUCUAGCUUAUUUAAGUUUAACGUCGGAAAUGGCAGUGGUGAUACAGAAACAAGUAUUUUGUCCAUCGCAAAGGGCUUUGUCUUAAUGAUUUUGCCAGGCUUUGCAGUCUUUUUGUUAACAAUUUGUGAGUUCAGUAUUCUAGAACAAACACCCGUAUUGACUGUAUCUAUUGCUGGUAUCGUAAAGGAAGUUUUGACAAUUAUAUUUGGUAUGAUUAUUCUUUCCGAAAGGUUAAGCGGGGUUUAUAAUUGGUUAGGUAUGCUGAUCAUUAUGAUGGAUGUUUGCUACUAUAAUUAUUUCAGGUAUAAACAAGACUCAAUACAGAAGUAUAGACUAACUUCAGCUGAAGAUAGCGACAAAGAAUUAGAGGGGCUUCAAACCUUCGAACACUUAGGAAGCAAAAAAAGCGCACCUUAUUCUAUUACUGUUGACUUAACAAACCAAGAGUAUGAGCUUGAUAUGAUUGCUCAAAACGCUAGCCAUUCAUCCCAGCAGGUCUGA